AUGUGAAUAGCAACAAUGCACAGCUGAUAUUUGUUACGUUAAAGUUCUUGGUGCAACUUAUUUAAUUGUUAUUUUAUUUAAUAAAAUAUGUUAAAAUGCACUGCCUGGUUAGACAAACCCAACGUUUAAGCUGGUGGCUACCAGCAGCACAAAUUCACACAACAGCUGUGCAGCGCACUUUUUGGGAGCGAGAGAAAAAAUCCGGCUACAAAACAAAACUUGCAGAGCCAUCAAAAAAGCAGCUUAUAAUUGAUGGACUUCGGGAUUUAAAAGAGGAAAUAAAGCUUUGGCGUCAGGAAGUUAAAGAAAAACUAGAAAGUGAUCCAAUAUUGGUAUUUCGACCCGGAGAAACAGACAUAGUAUUCGAUUUCAAAGCACCGGACGUACUCGAUAAAUGGACAGUGACGACAGAUGCAGACCACGGUGAAGGAAAGAGCAGUGCCACAUUGGAGCUAAGCGCAUCAGGAGCGGGGCUCUUUCAUGGUGAGGUCAACUCUCAGCAUACCAAGGAUGGCAUUAUAAAGCGCACCGGCUAUGCUAAUAUACGGACUAAGCGCGUGCGGAAAUCAUUUAAGCGAGAAUCUACAUACGACUGGACGCAGUACAAUAUGCUGGUAAUGAAGGUGCGCGGUGACGGACGAAGUUACCUAAUAAAUUUGCACACAGAGGGCUAUUUCGAUCUCAUGUGGAAUGAUAUCUAUCACUAUGUGCUGUACACACGGGGUGGUCCUCAUUGGCAAAUAGCCAAGAUACCCUUCUCUAAAUUCUUUCUAUCCUCGAAAGGUCGCGUUCAGGAUCGUCAGAAUGCAAUACACCUGGAUUGUGUAACUCAUUUUGGUUUCUCUGUGGCAGCCAAAAAAGGAAUGGAUGGGCCAUUUGGCUUAGAAAUUGACUAUGUGGGAUUGGAAUAUGAUCCCAGCCAUCAAGAGGAAUUUGCUUACGAAAUGUACAAAACACCCAAGUAUAUUGUAGCGACAUAAAAACGAAGAUCUGCUAAUGUGGAAUACUGACCAUUCAAAAUAAAUGCACGUUUGUUUU